UAUAAUUCUUUAUUAUAAUUUAUUUAAAUUAUUUGAUUGUAAACUGCUUUAAAUUGCCUGCCCAAGAAGAAAUAAACUAUUAAAUAAAUAAUGUGUAGUUUUGGCUUUCUUUCCUAAGAAAGUUUGAACAGUCGAAGCAGGAUGUCACACUGCAGGGCUAUGCUUCAUUUCAAAAUCUAACUCUCUUGAGAAAAAAAACAAUGAAGAUUUCACUGAGGUCUUCAUGCUGAAUCCAUUUUUCAGAAUAUGCUUCAUCACGGUAGACUCAAAUCAAUCUUUGUUACAGUCAUAGCCCAGCAUAACAGUAGAUUCACAGAUUAAGCAAUAGAUUUCUCCCACUAGUCUUCAAUACCUUGUUUACGAAUAGUGUUUGUGGACAGAUCAUGAAAAGGAUACUUAUUUGCUGGGUAUGCUAUGACAGGGUAUAAAUUGCUGCUUGGUGCUUUUAGAAAUCUAAAUGUCUGGCUUGGAAUUCUGGUCAAAUCUCCUCACAAACUUCACUCUCCGUGGAAGACCUUUCUUUGUGCUACAAGCCAGCAUCCCAAAAGAGCAAUUCUCCCCAAACAUUUCUGUGAUUCUCCCAUUCAACAGCAUGUGUUUUUAGUACCGUGGUCAAAAAGUGUGUCAGGGAUUUUGGUCCGACACAAAAGUAACAAAAGCUCACAUAAAAAUGUGAAAAAAACUGUGGAAGAAGACUUGGAGGAGGAAGACACUGUUGAAGAGAUAACUGAUUCAGAAGAUGAGUUUGAAGAUGAUCCCAGCAUAGUGAAGAAUUACAAAGACCUUGAGAAAGUAGUGCAAUCUUUCCGCUUUGAUGUAAUCUUGAAAUCUGGUUUAGAUAUUGCAAGAAACAAAGUGGAAGAUGCAUUCUACAAUGGUGAGCUUAGACUGAAUGGAGAAAAAUUGUGGAAGAAAAGCAGAUCGGUAAAGGUUGGCGAUACAUUGGAUCUCAUUCUUGGAGAAGACAAAGAAACAGAAACAGCCGUAGUUAUGCGAGUUGUUUUAAGGAAAGCAUCUGAGAAGAAUGAGAAUGAUAAAUACAAAGUGGUGUUGAGACGAUGGAAGAACUUAAAGGUGCCCAAGCAGGAUGUAUUGAAGUGAAUAAGUGAAUUGCAUGUUGUGAUUGAUUUCCUGUGAGCAAUCACAUUUAUUGUAUAAUAUAUAUUUUUUGUUAAACAAAGUUUUUUUAAAGGUUAUGAGAUGGCAUGCCACUUCCCUUACUAUAAACAUUGCUAUUUCUGUUUGUUCCAUGACUUUCCAAGUUUGCUGUUUUCAUUUCAGAAGUAAAAAAAAAACACUGUUCCUGUGAGAAAUAAUAAAAGACAAGCCUGAUCUUAAAUUGUCGUGGCUGUUGCUUAACCACGUGACUCAGAAGCUCAAAUGCUAAUCUUAAGGGGAAAAAUUAUUUUUAGAAUAUUUUUGUGACUUGCAAUAUCACUAUUUACAUCAAAAAGGAAAAUAUCAAGAUAGAUUAGUAGUAUGUUCUCAUUUCCAGGAAUGAAAACUGAAACAAGUCAUUUCUGUUUGCUUUCCUCUUCAUCCAGAGGUGGCAGUGUGGAAUGUAGGUAAAUCUGCUUGCCACUGUAUUUUCACUUGUAUAAAGCAGAGUUCCUUCAUGCAUAAGAUGGUUAUAAAAAUAGAGGGGGUACUGUUAAAGUUGAAUCAGGUAUAUCAGGAAAACAAGUGUGCUACUUGACUGGAUAACAAUUAGAAAGAGGUGGCCAUAUAUUUCUCACUUGAAAACCCAAUGAGAGUAUAAAGCUCUAAAAUAGAAAUAAAUGGAGUUACUCUGUUUACUUCAGUGUGCUGUGCAAGUCUGCAUAGUUAGUCUUCCAUGGACUUUAUGGAAACUCAGGUGCUCAUUAGAACAGACAUGAGGCCCUAAAUCAAAGUUUAUAUCUCUGAUUUUCAUUUAGUUCACUGCAGCAAAGUACAUUUCUUUUCUUUAAUGAAGGCACCUUUAAAACCACCCUGCUUCUUGUUCAGCUGAUGGAAGAUUUUGGCUGGAUUUCAUCUGUAUUAUGGCUCAUCUAUUAGAGAUAUGCAGAGAUUCAUAAAUUAUGAGGGCAUACCAGCUAGCUAAGGAAAUACUAAAAAAAAGAGAGAAAGUGUAAAAAGUAAUAAUGUUCAUCAAAGCUUUUGUGAGCCAAAAAAGCUCACAAGUUUCCAAGUGAGAAGUGUUAGAUAUCUCCCCCAGUCUCUUGUUUUAUAAUGGUAUAUUUGUGAAUUAAAAACCUAUGUUACCGCAUUAAAAUGAAAUCAUGUUAAUAGUAGCUCAAUAAAUGUCAUAUAAGAAAUUGUA